GUUCAUCCUACUUGGUCUUCCCUGCCCCACAAUUAGCAGUUGCUGCAUGCUGCUGGUGCUAUAACGUAUCUAAAAUCUCAGCCAAAGAUAUAUGGGUUACCUGCAACCAAUAAAGCACUGCCAUGUGUGCUUUUGGGUGUAGAGCUUCAGUACCAACAAGGAUUGUGAAUUAUUUGCUGAGAUGAGGACCACAUAUAAUGCAUGAUGAUGAACUCUUCUACUUCUACAGGAAAAUGUUACUAUUUUGAAAUAAGAAUAAUUGAUUACAAAUUGAGUGUACACAUAGAACAUUAUUUUUUCUUUAUUCAAUUCGAGAUGCAAGGGGACAAAUUUAAUUCUAUUGACUAGAAGAAAUGACAUAAUGCCGCCAUAUGAAUUAUCACUUAAAUGUUGACCAAACAAAAUGAGACAAGUACAUAUCUGACUUCUUUAAAAAGAUCCUUAAAUAUCACACUCUUGAAGAAUCAAACGGAAAACUUCAUCAACAAUGCGAGGCCAACAGUCAGUAGAGACUCUGAUUGGAGUUUCACCUAGUAUAGCUUGGGAUGCAUACCGUGGACUUGAGCUCGGGAGACUUGUCGAUGAACUAUUCGGUGAAUUUCUUAAAGUUGAAGUUGUAGAAGGAGAUGGAGGUGUCGGCACUAUUGUCAAACUCACAUUUCCUCCUGGAACUCCGGGGACUGGUAAUAUGACUGGUUAUAUGAAGGAAUUAUUUACAGUGAUGGAUGAUGAUAAGCGUGUAAAGGAGACAGAACUGAUCGAAGGAGGAUUCAAGGAUAUGGGUUUUGAUGUUUAUCAUGUUCGGAUGGAGGUUAUUGAGAAAGAUGAUAAAUCAAGCGUGAUCAGAUCUACUGUAGAGUAUGAGAUUGAUGACUCUAAACCCGAGCUUGCUUCUUUAGUCUCUACCAAGCAAUUUGAGCUUAUAGCAGAGACAGUUGGGAAGUAUCUCACUCAGAAGAAAUCAACCAAAUGAGUCUUCGUCCUCGACAGGAUAAAUGUAUUGCUCGGAAACGCUGAAAUGGAAAGCAAUCAAAAUAAUGUACUUUGUUUUAAAUCAAAUACGUAUGAUUAGAUAAAUUUUCAUAUAACACAGACAUUUGUAGUUUCUAUAUAAACUUGAAAUUUACAGAUGAAAAUCUUUUUUA